CCAAAGCCCACAAGUCUCCAAGACCCCAAUACCAACCUCAACUUCUACCAUGGCCACCAUUUCCGCCACCUUCAAAGCUUAUGAGUACUACAAGUUCGGCGAUGCGCUGGAGGAGAUCAAAUUCAACGCCAACGCUGUCCAGAAGCCGCUUCAGGGCGACGAGCUGCGCGUCAAGAUCUUCAGCGCGGCUGUGAACCCCGUGGACUACAAACUGGUCACGUACGGUCCACACAUUCUGCCUCACGCCCCCACAGCCGAGAACCCGUUCCGUGUGGGCUUCGACAUGGCCGGCAAGGUCGUGGAGGUCGGUAGUGACGUCAAAGACUACAAAGUAGGCGACGAAAUCUUCGCCAUGCCCGGCUUUGUGAACUUCGGUACCUUUGGCGAGUACAUCAACAUUGAGACCAAGUUCGUGGCACCCAAGCCCACCAACAUGUCAUGGAAUGAAGCGGCAGGUGUGCCGCUUGCCGGCCAGACGAGCUGGCAGGCACUGGUGACGUACGGCAAGCUUCAAAAGGGUCAGCGCGUAUUGAUUCUUGGAGGUAGCAGCGGCACGGGCGUGUUCGCUAUCCAGAUCGCUAAAGCUCUGGGCGCUGAGGUCAUCACGACGUGCAGUGCUCGCAACGUGGAGCUUGUCAAGUCUCUUGGCGCCGACCAGAUCGUGGACUACACUAAGGAGAAGUGGAGCGAGCCAGCUUCGUGGAAUGAUACAGCUCAGAAGGUGCUGAAGGAGAAGACGGGCAUCUUCGUGACGAUCCUGACGAUUGACAAGCCCAUCGAGUCGCCCAUUGGCGCUACGCUGCACCAGAUCUUCAACGCGCCGUGCACGGAAUACUUGCUGGAACUCAAGAAGCUGAUCGAGGCUGGAAAAGUGAAGACGAUUAUUGACUCGGUGCACUCGCUGGAGAACGUGAUGGAGGCGUUUAAGGUGCAGAUGUCGAGCCGUGCUCGUGGCAAGAUCAUUAUCGAGAUCGCAAAGGAAUAAGUCACUGGUUAGCUAGCUGUAUAAGAUGACUGGAAUGAAAUUACAGAACCGUUUAAU